AUGUCUGAAGGGUGAAAAAAGGCCAAAUCCAAGUUCUCAGCAACACGCAGACUUCUGCUGAAGAGCAAACUGCUGAAAAAGGCAGAAAGCUUGCUGGUGAAAGAAAAAGAGCAGAAAGAAGUGGAGAGAGAAAACACCCUGAGGGAGAGAGCGCCGCCCCUCAAACUCUCUGGCCUGUCCGUCCAAGAACUGCAGGAGCUUUGUAGAGAUUUGCACCACAAGAUUGACAUUGUGGAUGAAGCACGGUAUGACCUCAAUAUAAAAGUCGCCAGAAAUGAAGCAGAGAUUCUCUCAUUAACCCAGAAGAUCUAUGAACUGAAGGGAAAAAUGAAGCGGCCGAACUUGAGAAGGGUGAAGAAGUCUGCAGAUGCCAUGCUGGGAUCGCUCACAGACACCAGAACUAUGAAAGCUGAUUUCAAAGCCAACCUCAAAACAGUUAAAAAAGAAGAAGAAAAGAAGGAAGAGGUCACAGACUGGAGGAAAAACGUGGAGGCGAUGUCAGGCAUGGAGGGCAGGAAGAAGCUUUUCGAUGCCGGACAGUAGACAACAGAGAGAAAAGAGGUUGCAAAUGAUAAAGGGGCAUUGGCAUACAAAGCUCAUGUUGUUUGUUUGAAUUUUAAUCACCUUCAACAUUUUAUGGUCAAUUAUUCAUUUAUUCUGUCAACCAGCUAUGGCUUCCAUGCAACAUUAAAGGAAUAGUUCACCCAAAAUAUUUUGGAAAUUUACUAACCCUGAGGCCAUCCAAGAUGUAGUUUGUUUCUUUAACGGAACAGAUUUGGAUUAAUUUAGCAUUCCAUCACUUGCUCACCAAUGGAUCCUCUGCAGUGAAUGGGUGCCGUCAGAAUGAGAGUCCAAACAGCACCACUCCAGUCCAUCAAUUAAUGUCUUGUGAAGAGAACGUUGUGUGUUUAUAAGAAACAAAUCCAUCAAGGCAUUUAACUUUAAUCCAUCACUAAUGGCCAAAAUAUGUCUGCAUAAUCCACAAUAAUGCUUUCUUCAGUGAAAAAAUCCAUCUUCUGUUCUCCUCUCGCAUCAAAAUUCACUAACAUGUUUGUUUAGAACUGAUCUGGACUGGUUGCACUCGUAAAUAGUGCUUGGUCUGUGUAUAUUUCUCUACUGAUUCAGAUAAUCAGCAAUAUUAUGGAAUUUGUGAUGUUUUUACCAGCUGUUUGGACUCUCGCUCUGACGGCACCCAUUCACUGCAGAGGAUCCAUUGGUGAGCAAGUGAAGUCCCUUAUGCUCACUAGCAGCAUUUAUUGGAUAAAAACUACAGGAAAAACUGUCAUGUUGUCAAAUAUUACAAUUUAAAAUAACUAUUUUCUAUUAGAAUACAUUUUAAAAUGAUAAAGGGGCAUUUUGAUAGAAAGUUAAUUUUGUUUGUUUGAAUCUGAUUCACCUUGAACAUUAUUUUAUGGUAAAUUAUUCAUUUAUUUUGGCAGCCAGCUGUGGCUUGCAUGAGAUAUUAAAUUGUGAUUUGCUGCGAUUAAAAUGUGCAAGCGGCGUGCUGUCCAUAGAGAGGGAUCAGAUAAUAGAACAACCUCAUAUUCACAUCAUAUCAUAUCAACUGUGUAAAUAUUUGCUUCAUAUUCAGUGUUGAUUGAAACCAAUAAAGCUACUGCUUACCCUCGGGUGAA